GAUGGCGGCCUCUUUGUUCCUGCUGACGUCAUUCGAUGCGUCAGUCGCGCGUAAAGUUGUGUUGACAGAGGCGACCGCAUUUGUCGCGGAACAGCCGCAGUCGGUUCUCUAGGUGCCGAAUGGAGUAACCUCGCCGCGAUAAUUCAGCCAACGCCUUCCAAACAGAGCGGACGCACUAUUUAAACGUCCUCACAACGACAUUAUGGCUGACGACCAGUCCUCACAAUCCUGGUCAAUCGACAAGGAUGACUACGUUCUCAACGAGGUGAUCGGCAGUGGAGCCACGGCAGUGGUCCAAGCAGCCUACUGCAAGCCCAGAAAGGAGAAGGUGGCCAUAAAACGCAUCAACCUUGAAAAAUGUCAAACCAGCAUGGAUGAGCUCCUGAAGGAGAUCCAAGCCAUGAGCCAGUGCCACCACCCUAACAUCGUGUCCUACUACACCUCCUUUGUGGUCAAGGAUGAACUGUGGCUGGUCAUGAAGCUGCUCAGCGGCGGUUCGGUCUUGGACAUCAUCAAACACAUCAUCUCGCGCGGCGAGCACAAGACCGGUGUAUUGGACGAGGCUUGCAUCGCCACCAUAUUGAAGGAAGUAUUAGAGGGGCUGGAGUACCUUCACAAAAACGGACAAAUUCAUCGUGAUCUAAAGGCUGGAAAUAUCCUUCUUGGGGAUGACGGCUCAGUUCAAAUUGCUGAUUUUGGCGUGAGUGCCUUUCUAGCGGCAGGUGGCGAUAUGACACGGAACAAAGUUCGGAAGACGUUUGUUGGAACGCCGUGCUGGAUGGCUCCUGAGGUCAUGGAGCAGGUCCGUGGUUAUGACUUUAAAGCUGACAUUUGGAGUUUUGGCAUCACUGCCAUUGAACUUGCUACCGGAGCCGCACCGUAUCACAAAUAUCCACCUAUGAAGGUGCUGAUGCUGACUCUGCAGAACGACCCUCCCUGUCUGGAGACGGGCAUCACGGACAAGGAGAUGGUGAAGAAGUAUGGCAAGUCCUUCAGGAAGAUGAUCACACUCUGUUUACAAAAGGACCCUGAAAAAAGGCCAACUGCAGCCGAGUUACUGAAGCACAAAUUCUUCACAAAAGCUAAGAACAAUGAGCACCUGCAGGAGAGGCUUUUACACAAAGGCCCAUCAAUAUCGGAGCGUUCAAAGAAGGUGAGACGCGUGCCAGGGUCCAGCGGCCGCCUCCAUAAGACAGAGGAUGGCGGUUGGGAGUGGAGUGACGAUGAGCUGGAUGAGGAGAGCGAGGAAGGCAAAGCUGCGGUGGCAGCUCUGCGGUCGCCCAGAGUGAGGGAUGGAUCCCAGACAAUGGAGAUUUUCCAGCCACCAGAUGGCUCCACUGGACACCUUCAGCCGCCUGCUACAGCCAAUGAGAACUUUUCACCCGUGGGACAAAGUGGUGAAUGUCCUCCACCUCAAGCUCCAGCUCCUGCUCCAGCACAGAUGGUGAGCCCGUCACAUCCGCCCCCAACUCAGGAUCCCAAUGUAUCUGAUGCCAGCGUUCCCAUCAGCCUGGUCCUCAGGCUGAGGAAUCCCAAGAAGGAACUCAAUGACAUUAGGUUUGAGUUCAUGUCUGGCAGAGACUCUGCAGACGGAGUGUCUCAGGAGUUAGUUUCUGCCGGUCUAGUUGAUGGGAGAGACUUAGUCAUUGUUGCUGCCAAUCUACAAAAGAUUGUGGAUGAUCCUCACAAUAACAAAAAUGUCACUUUUAAGCUGGCAUCCGGUGUGGAAGAGUCUGAAAUUCCUGACGACAUCAAACUCAUCGGCUUCGCACAGCUCAGCAUCAGCUAAGCGAAGAAGAGCGCGCAGCAAAAGACAGCAUCCACUGGUAAACGCGCAGCUGCAUUCUAGUAAAUUCUACGACGCCGCUGCCGCCAAAGAGAACGAGAACGAGGACGAGACGUGAAGCUGGCAGGGAACGUGACACUUCAGCAGGAUUGCCCCCCCCCCCCGAGGACCACACACGGAGUAGAAGGGAGUAGGAGGGGCGCAGUUACAUCACAGGAACACACUUGAAAUGUUUACAUUGCGCUUAUUCACGGGAGAGGACAUCAACUAUAUCAAGUCAUUUUUCUUUUUUUCCCGCCCCCCCUUCUUUAUUCAUAAGUACAACCCAAACCGUCUCCUGCCAGUACUGGAAAAUGAUGCCUUCCCCCCCCGUUUUUUUUUUUUUUUUUUUCUAACACUGUGCCACAAGAGUCAAGACGAAGUCGUGCCACCUGAAAAAGGCACUUUAUACAACACUGAAUUUGACCAGUGAAAAUAAUGAAGCCUUAGUUAAUACGCUUUUUUUUUUCCUCUUCCUAAUACUUAUUAUUGGCUGAAAUACACGCAUGCGUUUUUUUUAACACCUCCUCUUAAAGAGAAAGGGAAUAACACAAUCAGUCAAAACACAACCAAAGAGAACCAGGCUCCGACCGCAGCACUAAAAACAUGUAUAAAUCCUCCUCACUGGAUCUACUCCGGCGUUACAUUUAGUCGUUACGACACUCAACCUUAUCCGAAAUAUUCAACUAGUCCGGCCUGAUGUUCUUAUCCUAUGCAAUAUAGUUGUUUUAACUGGAUGUCACGCACUUAUUCACGGCUGAAUUCAAUGUACUACUGUACCUCAACAUUUCAAGCCGCAAAGGUAGCGCCGCCACAUCGACGUCCGCACGUGAAUGAUUGACACGUUUUUUUUUUUGUGAAGUAGUAAUAUUGCAUGUUUGUUUCAUUCGCUUUAACAGUUUUUUUUGGGAAACCCGAAUACAGUUGAGUCCACGCCGGUUUGGUUUCUAAAGUGCUGAAGGUGUGUGUAUUCCCAUGUUGGACACCAAAGUAAAAAAAAAAAAAAAAAAAAAA